ACAGUAGUUGACAACAUUCAUCGGGAAAAAAAUGGAGGACAGUAAAAUGGUGUGUGAGCUCCGAAAGGCGCGUAGUUUGGCGGUGAGUCUGGCGAGAGAAGUGGACAUGAAGAAUCAAAGGCUAUGGGAAAUGGAGCGCCAUACCGAAGAGAUUUCUUCCCGCCUUAAUUCCAUGAUCGCUGAGAAAGAUCGCAUGAAUCAUACGUUUUCUGAAGAAAUGAGAAAGAUGCAGGUGAUUGGACUUCAAAAUGCCAAAUUGAAGACUGAAUUAGAGUGUCAGUUGAAUAAGAUGCAUUUGCUUACUCAAGAAAGUGAAAGGCUAAAGGAGGAAGUGGCAUAUCAAAGAAAAGAACUUGAGCUAAAAGCUAACGAACUGGAGAAAAGAGAGUCACAACUUGAUAUUGAGCGCAAAAGUUUUUACAUAGAGAAGGAAAAGAUAGCUCAAAAUCCCUUCGACAGUGACUAUAGUAUGAGUGUUCAUAUCAAUGACUUAAGGGACAGACUGACUGAAAAAGAGGAAGAAUUGCAUGAUAUGGACAUCUUAAAUCAAACCCUUAUACUUAGAGAGCACAUGAGUAACAACGAACUACAAGCUGCUCGAAAGGAACUAAUAAAUGUUUUGCCGCAAAUUUUGGAUGCAACUACCAUCAUUGGUCUGAAACGGAUGGGAGAGGUUGCUCAGAAACCUUUUCAAGAUGUGUGCUUGCAGAAAUUCUCUGCUCAAGAUUGGGAAUUGAGAUCAGUCGAGCUAAGCUCGUUGUGGCAAGAUAGGGUUAAUAAUCCAAAUUGGCAUCCUUUCAAGCAAGCUAUCAAAGAUGGGAAAUUGAAGGAAAUGGUAGAUGAAGAUGAUAGCCAUUUGAGAGAGUUAAGAAGUCAAUGGGGUGAAGAAGCAUGCAACGCUGUAGUCAACGCGUUGCUGGAAUUGAACGAGUAUAACCCAAGUGGGAGAUACGUAGUCUCAGAGCUUUGGAACUUCAAGGAAGGUAGAAAAGCUAAUCUUAAGGAGGUUAUAGACUGUUUAAUCCAGCAAAUGAAAGCUAUUAAGCCUCUUAAACGUAGAAGGGAUGGUCAACGACUAAAUUGAGUUAUGUUCUUUGCUCACUCAAGUUAGCAAGUACAUGAAACUAACAAGUGCCAUAGUUUUCCCAGUCGGGUUCACUUGAACUUAAGUUGUUGUAUAUGCUAAUUUGAAUAUAUUUAACUCAAUUAAGCCUUUUGCGUCGAAGAAAUCCUACCAAUUGUGUGCUUAUUUAAACACUUAAUCAAUCAGUUAACUGAUUGACUAGUUGAUUUUAAGGAAGUCCUUUUCUGGAGCAA